GGCUUCAUUCGCCUCGAACGGCCGACGAUCAUGGCGACAAGAGCGGGCUUGAGAUGCUCACAGACUGCUCUGCGACUGGCUCGGACUCCCCUACAGUCUCAUGCGAUCCGGUCAAGAGCUUUCUCCUCGAGCAAGGCAGCAGAAGCAGCAAAGACACUGCUCUACAUCGAACACAAAGAGGGCAAGCUCAACCCGGGCGUGUAUAAUGCCAUCACGGCAGCUCAGAAGCUGGGAGGAGAGAUCACUGGACUCGUCGCGGGCGCAGAAGCCGAUUCUCUCGACGCCGUUGCUCAAGCGGCUGCCAAGUAUCCGCUGAGCAAGAUCGUGGUCAUGUCAGCCGACACGCUCUCGCACAGUCUCGCCGAGCCUCUCGCGCCUCUCAUCGUCGCACUCGUUCAGAAGGAAGGCUAUACCCACGUCACGACAGCUCACACAGCACAGGGCAAGAACAUCUUCCCUCGCGUGGCAGCCCUGCUCGAUGUCGCCCAGAUCAGCGACGUCAUGCAAGUCGAAUCAGAGGAUACUUUCGUCAGACCGAUCUACGCCGGCAACGCGAUUGCAACCGUCAAGAGCAGCGACAAGAUCAAGGUCUUCACCAUACGUACGUCUAGCUUCGACCCCGCCAAGGAAUCUGGCGAAGGUGCCUCGAUCGAAAAGGGCGAAUCCGGUCAGGUUGGCAAAGCCAUCGCCGAAUGGGUAUCAGAAUCGCUCACAAAGUCUGAGCGGCCCGAUCUCGGUUCAGCAGCUCGCGUCGUCUCUGGCGGUCGGGGUGUCAAGAACAAAGAGAACUUCGAUAGCGUCAUCAUUCCGCUUGCAGACGCACUCGGCGCUGCCGUCGGUGCAUCUCGUGCAGCUGUCGACUCUGGCUACGCAGACAACAGUCUCCAAGUAGGUCAGACAGGCAAAGUUGUCGCGCCCGAGCUCUACGUCGCCGUCGGUAUCUCUGGCGCUAUCCAACAUCUCGCAGGUAUACGCGAUGCAAAGUGUAUCACCGCAAUCAACAAGGAUCCCGAGGCACCCAUCUUUGAGGUCGCCGACUUUGGUCUCGUUGCGGACCUCUUCAAUGCCGCGCCAGAGCUCACAAAGGCUGUCGGAAAGAAGUAGAUGCAUUCCUACUGUCGUAUUCGUAGCCCUCCUCACUUCCCCUUUUUGCCACCCCCGCCUCCGCGU